CACAUUGCAAAAGUAAGAAAACAACUCACAAGUUGAAAUUUGGUGCAACGAGAGAAACGGAAAAGCAAAACCCAAAAAGUAGAGGAGAAUCUCCAGAGAUGCGACCACACGACAAGCAGCGAACCGUCCUGCCGAAGCGCAUAAUCGUGAUGCGCCACGGCGAGUCCAGGGGCAACCUCGACUCGGCGGCCUACUCCACCAUCCCGGACCACAAAAUCCCUCUCACCGAUGUGGGGCUGGACCAGGCCUGCCGGGCCGGGGUCCAGCUCCGCGGCCUGAUCGCCGGGUCCUCCUCCCCCCAGUGGCGGGCCUACUUCUACGUGUCCCCCUACGACCGCACCCGAUCGACGCUCCGGGAAGUCGGGCGGGCCUUCUCGAAGCGGCGGGUGAUCGGGGUCCGAGAGGAAUGCCGGAUCCGAGAGCAGGAUUUCGGGAACUUCCAGGAGAAGGAGAGGAUGCAAGCCAUCAAACGGUCUCGGGAACGCUUCGGCCGAUUCUUCUAUCGCUUCCCCGAGGGCGAGUCCGCCGCCGAUGUCUUCGACCGCGUUUGCGGUUUUCUAGAAUCUUUAUGGAGGGACAUAGAAAUGAACAGGCUUCGCCAUGAUCCUGAACAUGACCUGAAUCUUAUAAUUGUAUCACAUGGGCUAACCUCGCGCGUCUUCCUGACGAAGUGGUUCAAGUGGACGGUUGAGCAAUUUGAGCGCCUGAACAAUCUCGGCAACUGUGAAUACAGAGUGAUAGAGUUGGGAGGCGGUGGAGAGUAUAGCUUAGCAAUCCAUCACACGGAGGAGGAAAUGCGAGAAUGGGGGCUCGACUCUGAAAUGAUAGCAGACCAAAAAUGGCGAGCUCAUGCCAAGAAGGGUGACUGGAAUGACGAUUGCCCCUGGUAUCUUGAUGCUUUCUUUGACCCUCUGGCUGACUCGGAGGAUGACGAAGCGAGUGAUAAAGGAAAUCCAAGUGAUAUUUGAAUUGAAAGUUGUUUUGAUUUUUUUGGCUUGUUUGGAAGCAAAUUUGUUUGUUUUUGUUUAUAUGUUCUUUGAUUUUCAAAUUGAAAUUGAAAUAAUAAAUCGGGCACCGAGGAAGCGUGUUGAA